AUGGUCGAGUCGAGACGAAUCGAUUCGGCAGAUCGGCUUUAUCGCGUCGUUGCAGCCUCUCUGCUGUCCUCUCUCAAAAUCGACCUCACAGAUUUGCUUGCCCCAACCUCGCCCUUUUUACCUGUUUUCCUUUACCCAAAAGUUCGACAAGCGUCAGGGUCAAGUCGCCGGCCCUUGUUGUCUUCACGCCUGACGUUUCUCGAUCAGAGGCUGAACACUAAACGUGGCUUCAUCGAUAUCGAAGCGGCUGCUCCCGCUCUCUUCAACACAGCACGAGCUGUCCGAAACCAUGCUUACAACGCUGUGAUCGGAGAGAUCGGCGAAAUCGAGACAGCGCCGAUUGGAUCCAAGUUUCGCUGUUAG